CUAAAAGCGAACAGUGUUAGGACUUUAGCUACAUUGAAAGUUGGGUAAGGACACAUACAUAUCUGAGCGUAAUGGACAAACUAGUCGGGGAAGCUGGUACACAAUCAAAUGACCUUCUUUGGCAAGUUAUUUUCCAUUAAGGGUCGAGUCACGUGGUACAGCUAAUAAAAUUACGCCUCGUUCUCUCAUCUAUACACUCCUGCCCUUGCCCAUGUCUGCGACAGUACGCUUUGCCUCCGCACUGGAACCCGAUACCCAGGUAGCUCAAGGACAGAAGCCUGGCCGAAAUGCGCGAGCCAAAGCACCAGCUUACGAAACACACGGUCGUCUUGUUCUCGGCUUUGCAUUCUCUAUUGAGGAACUUCAGAAGCGAGCGCUUGAACGAUUACCGGAGUAUCAAAGUCUCAGUGAACAAUCUCCACUGCCUUUAAUGAACAUGAUCUCAAAGGCUCAGAGCUUGGUCUAUCUGCUUUGUGACGAUAUUGAUCAUCUUUGGCCUCAAGCAUUCAAAGGCUUGGGAAUGGGCCCUAACCGGAAUGGGCUUCAUAUCGUUGCACUGUCUCAUAACAGAGACUCUGAUAGGCUGAGGAUGCCAACUCGGGAACAGACUGAAGAGAUGCGGAAGAUUCUAAACUGUGGCGAAGCAAAGUGGUAUAAGGAUCUUGCUCCACCUACUAAAUUUAACUUCAGAGCUUCACGAUAUUGAACAUUCAAUGUACAUAACUUCGACAUCAUCGUUCUCAAAGUUCAAUGUAAAUUACUGCAUACAUUCCUACGAUCGGUCAUCUUGUCAUGAUGCUGCUGUUGUCGUAGCCUCUAUCAUUUCUGUCAUGAACUAGACUCAUUGUCCGGUUCAAACAAAGAAUGUUAUCAGCAUUCUUAAGCAUAAUAACAAUUCGUGUGAUAUCAGCUUGAAAGUUUGAGAUCCUGUGCAGGUGCAUUGUCACUAUUGAACUGUGGUGACGAGACGCGAUUCACUUUCUCAAUCAACUUCCUCGCAAUGGGGUGAAACGAAUUCUUCUCCUUUUGAAACGCAUUUACAGCAAGAUCCUUGUUCACUUUGAACACUGCACGGAACACAUCUCGACAAAACUUCAUCCUACCCACGACCAUACCACUUCCACCACCGAUGACCCAGUCCGC